AUGGAUUCAUUACUUUUUGAAAAACUUUUAGUUAUAGAAGAAGAUAAAAUAGAUGAGGAUUUCUUUUGUAAUAUUUGCAAUAAUAUUAUGUAUAAGAACUAUCAAUGUACAAAUGGUCAUAUUUAUUGUGUAUCAUGCACAGAGGAAAUCAAAAGUAAAAAUGCAGGUUGUCCAGAGUGUAGAGUUGAGUUGGGUAGUAUUUCAGUAAAUAGAUAUUUAGAAAGACAAAUUAACAAAUUACAGAUCUUUUGCCCCAAUAAAUUUUAUAAUACAAAAGAUUACAUUGCAGACGAGGAGUAUGGAUGUGGGUUUGAAUGUUCUAUUGACCAAAUGGAAUCCCACACAAAGGAGUGUGAAUUUUCAUUUGUCAAAUGUCCUCAAAAUGGAGAAUGCGAAUUAGUUAGAAAGAAUUUACUUGAUGAGCACAUUAAAGAGUGCAACUCCGAAAGGGUUGAAUGCGAAUUAUGUAAGGCAAGUGUUUUAAGAGUAAAUUUAAAGAAACAUUACCAAUCCGAGUGUCUUCAAUAUACGGUAGCAUGCAGAUGUGGUUCCAAAGUCAAAAGAGAAUCUUUACCUUUACAUUAUGCAAAUGAAUGUGCCAAUGAAAUGGUAGAUUGCAUUUAUGGCAAAUUAAACAAAGGCUGUAAAGGAAAAGUUCAAAGAUCAGAAAUGGAUAAGCACUUGUUAUCAUCUAAUCAUCACCAAACAAUAGUUAAUUCUUUUGUUUCACUUAGAGAAGAAUUAGAGCUCGAAAGAAAGAAACUAAAUCAAUGCCAUACAAAGUUCCAAGGUCAAUGGAGAGUAGAAAAUUGGAAUAGUAAAUUCUGCUCCCAGCCAAAAGGUUAUGUUUUAAAAUUAAACUUUUCAAUUGGUAACCGUCCACUUUGUCUUCAAUUAUAUCCAAAUGGUCAAACUAAUGAUAAUAAAAAUUGCUCUUUAUAUUUAUACAAUUAUUAUGACCUUCCAAUUUCAUGCAACUUUACAUUCGAAAUUGUUGCUGGGAAAGAUGGUAUUAAAAAAGAUUCAGUCAGCAGUGUUAUAAAUUCAAAGAAUGGAAAGGGGUGGGAAGAUUUCAUUCCAGCAGCAAAGAAAGAAGCAUUUGGUAACACCCUUGUUAUCAAUUUUAGAGUAAAGAUUACUUCGGUUGUCCAUCAAUAUUUUAACAAAUAA